UUAACGCGCAAAGUUACUACCUCCCUCCUUUCCCCCAUUUUUCUCUCUCCUCUUACAGCGUCAGGGAGCUUCAUGGCUCUGCGAGAAGCAGAUUUUGGACGUGAACCAGCCAACAAGUUUUAACUUUAACCCUGUUACUUCUGUCUAGACUGAAGACAUCCAUCUGACUGUUAGUAGCGAGGAGCUUUGGAGAGACUCAUAAGAACCAAGCUAUACACAAAACAUUGGAAGAGUCUCAAAAUUGAGUGAACUUGCACAUGGAUUUAUUGGGUCAAUAAUCAGAAAAGAAAACUGGCCUUGUUCUUGACCACCAAGGUGAUCGUUUGAAGGGGAUUCCUUUAGUCCAGCAAAAGUAGAUCUCUCAAGUCACAACGCCAGCAACCAGAAUGGAGCUUCAGAAGAUGAAUGGACACAGCAGGGAAGAUGGGUUUGAUGGGCUGGAUACCUUGGCUGAACAUGAGGAGUUUCUCCCACAUAAAACUGGUGUCAAGAAAGAAAACCUCUUUACAGAUUUCGAGGGAAAGACUUCAUUUGGCAUGUCCAUUUUUAACCUCAGUAACGCCAUAAUGGGCAGUGGAAUUCUGGGCUUGGCUUUCGCGAUGUCCAACACCGGAAUCAUUCUUUUUCUAAUCCUCUUGUUGUCCAUUGCCAUUCUGUCUGCAUAUUCAAUUCAUCUCCUACUGAAAAGUGCUGGAGUUGUUGGCAUCCGGGCUUAUGAGCAGCUUGGGAAUCGGGCUUUUGGUGCCCCGGGAAAAAUGCUGGCCGCAAUAAUCAUUACAAUACACAACAUUGGAGCAAUGUCCAGCUACCUCUUCAUCGUCAAGUCUGAGCUCCCACUGGUUAUUCAAGCUUUCCUGGGUAAAACUGAAAACACAGGAGAGUGGUUCUUGAAUGGAAACUACUUGAUCAUGAUUGUUAGCAUUCUCAUCAUCCUUCCUCUAGCAAUGAUGAAACAACUUGGUUACUUGGGCUAUACAAGCGGGUUCUCCCUCUCAUGCAUGGUGUUUUUUCUGAUUUCGGUUAUCUACAAGAAAUUCAACAUCCCAUGUCCACUGGAUAAUGAAAAUCAUAACAUGACUCCUAUUGCCGAUUACCGCACUGCCACUAAUGGGACAGAUGACUUCUGUGAGGCCAAACUAUUUACCACGAACUCACAGACAGCGUACACCAUCCCAAUUCUGGCCUUUGCUUUCGUCUGCCACCCAGAAGUGCUACCAAUCUAUACUGAGCUAAGAGAUGCCACCAAGAAACGUAUGCAGGCCGUUGCCAACAUCUCCAUCCUUGCCAUGUUUGUCAUGUACCUGCUAACGGCUCUUUUUGGUUACCUCACUUUUUAUGGUGCUGUGGAGUCAGAGCUGUUACAUACCUACAGUAAAGUGGACACCCUGGAUGUCCUGGUUCUCUGUGUGCGCCUAGCUGUGCUGGUGGCUGUCACUCUCACCGUUCCCGUGGUUCUUUUCCCGAUCCGCAGGGCCUUGCUCCAAAUCUUGUUCCCUGCCAAGCCUUUCAACUGGUUGGUACACAUCGCCAUUGCAUUUUGUCUAAUUUUUGUGGUCAACCUCCUGGUUAUCUUCGUGCCCUCCAUCCGCGACAUCUUUGGUCUCAUUGGAGCCACAUCUGCCCCCAGCCUUAUCUUCAUCCUACCUGGAACCUUCUACGUCCGUAUCGUUCCUGAAGACCAGGAGCCUUUUCUGUCCAGACCCAAGAUUCAGGCUGCAUGCUUUGCUGCACUGGGAUUCAUCUUCAUGAUCAUGAGUUUGUCGUUUAUCAUUAUUGACUGGGUGACUGGCGAGUCUCGAAGUGGAGGCGGGCACUAGUGGUCGUGACUGAACAGAGAUACUACCAACAGAAGGCCAACAAAAGUUCUCCCUGUCAUUAAAUUACCCCAUAAUCUACAGAGUAUUCAUCUAAAGCCUACCAGGAAAGGUUGGCAGGACAAGAUGAAAGAUAAGUCAAGAACCUUCGCCUACAACGAAAAAAUAAGUGUUUUGACAUGAUGGGGCUGACAAAAAGCCCUGUACUGAAGGAGAUGCAUGAGAAUAAAAAUACAUUUGUUUUCUGACGGAAUAAAAUCUCUAUGUCACGCCUCACAGUAAGGAUGUUGUUUGGAGGCAUGUGUAGAAAUGCAAAAGACAGCAAAAGGUUUAAUGGGAACAGCAUGACUCAAAUGGAAAUCCCCUUUUAGAGUAUGGAUAUGUACAGUUCCGUGGAAUAGCUCAGUCAUUGCCAAAAUCCUUCCAGUCCACUUCCUUACCGUCUCAGAUCUCAUAGGACAGAAAUUUGUAUCGGAAGUCGGUUUGCGUACAAAAAACAUUUUAGUUUGUUCCUCCAUCAGUUGCUGUUUGAUAAUACAUUUAGGACUGUAAAAUCUACUGGUGCUGUAUGUCCAAAUUUCCCCGAACUUCAGCUUAAUAUGACCAGAGAGGAUUAGUCUGCAGUUUCACACAACCAUUCCAAUCUACCAAAGUACAAGUUUGAUGACUUUUACAUGAAGUUUUAUUAAUGUUUUUAAUGUGAUAUUUUUUUUGUUAAUCUAUUUUGACACGUAACAUUACUGUUGUAGAGGGGAUCAUCUUCAAAGCUGAGCCUGAGGUGAUCUUUAAUAAAUAAUCCAUCAGAUACGGUGCAAUUUGUGGUGUUCGGCUGCUGUCCAAGGUCAAACAGACAGUUACGGACAAUCACGUGUGAAUCGAUGGCCACAGAGAGGUGGUUUGUACUAGUUUUUAUGAAUUCCUAAAAAAGCCCUUAUUGCAAACCAAAGAAUAUAUUGUGUCACAUUGAAAUUGGUUGUGACACACUUUUUUUAUAUGUUCAGCAAAGGCCAAUUAAAAGUGUUAACAUUUUGUGACUGUUGUAGCAGUCAUAGAAACUGUUCCUAAUGGUUGAAUAAUGACCUAAGGGGUUUAAGUUAAAAUGGAGUGUUUUUUUUUUUUGUCUUAAAAUUUGACUAAAAAAACGUUUUGACUUUGUUAUUCAUCCUGUACAUAUUUUAAAUUAAUUUGAAUGUCUUUAUCUGUCAAUAAAAUAUGUCUUUAAAUUUGUA